CAAUUGACACAAAGCGGAAGCGUUUCAUCUUACGUCACCAAAAGAGGAUAAACAGAUGUCAGGUGAUGUGCUGAAAAAGAAGUCUGGAAAAUGCGUUAUUUAGGACAAAUUCUGUAAAAUAUUCGUUAUGCGUUUGUAAAAUUGCAGGGUUAUAUAUAUCUCAGUGUUGUUGAGAAUAUUUUUGAUCUUUUUUGGCGCUGCAUUGGUAGAUUUAAGCUUCAGAGCUUUCGUCUUGCAUUAGGUUAAAUAAAGAAGUUCUUCUCUACUCUCUGAAAUGAAUUCCUACUAUUCGGUUUGAUGUCCAUAUAACCUAAAAAUAUACCAGAUAUAGAAUUCCAGAUACACUUUAUAGUGUACUGGUAUCUUUGUUAGCCAUGGCUUCUUCAUUUAAAAUCAGAGAGCAAUUUCAUGAGAAGGUGAAAGGUUUACUGGAGGGAGAGUCUUCCUUAUCUGAAGAUCUGAGGGAAGAACUGGAGGACCUGAAAGAACAAUCCACCAUACCAUUCAAGACUGUGAGAAAACUCCACAAGCUUCUUCAAGAAAAUGGGCACCCAGUGUACCUUCAUGAACUGCUUGAGGACAGCACACUUUAUCUUCCAGAGGUCAUAACACCUCCAAGGAACCCCCAGCUGGUGGCCCGCUUAGAAAAAAUUAAAGCAAAACUUGCCAAUGAAGAAUAUAGGAGAAUUACACGGAAUGUAAAUCCACAGCAGGAAAUUAAUCAUCAUGGAACCUUAGCAGACUUUGGAAGACAAGUGCGUUCUGUCAAGGCAGUUGUUGUUACGGUGUUCAACUUCCUGGUAACCGUAGUUGCAGCAUUUGCCUGUUCAUAUCUGGGCAGCCAGUAUAUCUUCACUGAGACGGCAGCGAGAGUAAUAUCCGCAGUGAUUGCAGCUUCUGUUGUUGGUCUGGCAGAACUUUAUGUUCUGGUUCGGACUAUGGAGGGAGACCUUGGAGAGCCCUAACACCAGACAGCAAUUAGUUUGUGACAGGAUGUUGUAGUCGAACUCUGUGGGGAAGAACGAGUGGACCAGGGCACAAAAUGCCAUGCCGUCACUCCAGCUGGAUGAGAAGUUUUGAAUGUCAGUGUUCUGCAGAUUGAUGGAAGAGAGUGAGGUUGUU